UAGACGUUUAAAUCGGUUUUCCGGUCUGUGGAAUUGAUUGUGUUCGUUGAAAAAAUAAGAGUGGAAAAUUAUGCCAAACGCGAUGACAUCGAUUUUCCUGCCUCUCUUGCUGGUUGUGGGCGUAGUUUGGAGCAGAUCGUUGGAUGCCGAAGGAGAUGGAAACACUUUCCAGCCAUUCAUGACGACGUCUGACAAACGGAGAGUUUGCGUGGAAUUGUGCCUGACGGGACUAGGCGGUUCUCCGUGCGGCUCGGAUUGUAUCGAUAUAAUGCCUCAUAAUCUUCCCAUCCAGUUGGAUGACAACAUGACCAACUCGAAUUCUGAUAAAAGACACGUUAUGCGGAACAGUUCAUGUCCCGUUCUUUGUAAAAACAAUUUGGGAAAUCCUUUGUGUUCGUGCGACAACCUCAAUGUUGGUUUGGAGAAGGAUCAAAAUAACGUGAACUUCGUGGAAAUCUGCAGUGAUUUCUGUAUCAGAUACAGCUACAGAUUGGCCGGAUGUCAAAAAUGCAGCAUUUACCAAACCCUUUUUUCUUCGGAAACUGACAACUUCGGUCAAACAAAUUUCAUGACCAGCAGUUAUAAUGGAAUCGACUGGUAUGCUUGGUGCCAAAAUCAGUGCGGAAAAGGAGAUGGAGGAGCUGCUUGCAAUUGCGAUCGCCUACCCAUAUAUUAAGAAAUAGUGGAGAAUAUCCAACCGGAUCAAAAUAAUCUAUCCUGGAUCCUUUUGAUGGCCAGCUUUCUUACUUAAAUAUAUAAAAGUGUUGGUUUUUUACUGUAUAGAAAUAGUUGUUUCUAUUUUGUAAUUGAUAUCAUAUAAAAAUAAAAACUGUUUAACGAAAAUGAUGAAAAAAA